CAGUAUGGAGGACUAAAGAAUGUUGCAGAUAUGAAGAAGCAGCCCUUCUAUAUGUUUCUUCAUUAUACUUACCUUCUACAUUCACUUGUUCUUGGAGCUUUACUGUAUGCCGUGGGUGGACUUCCACUGUUUAUUUGGGGAAUGGGCGUGAGGGUGGUGUGUGGUUUCCACUGCACCUUGUUAGUAAAUUCUGCUGGCCACAUAUGGGGAAAGCAUGGAUGGAAUCCAGGAACAAUUGGUGGUUGGCAUUUCUUGCACUUGGAGAAGGUUGGCACAAUAAUCACCAUGCUUUUGAGUACUAGGCUCGGCAAGGUCUGAAAUGGUGGCAAAUUGACUUUACUUGGUACGUGAUAAGAUUGCUUGAGGCUAUUGGACUAGCAACAGAUGUGAAAAUGCCAACCGAUCUUCAUAAGCAACGGAAAGCUUAAAUACUAGACUAGUCAUGGAUAGUCAAAAUUAGGCUUUAUUUAAACACUGAUCUGUUUACUAUAUGAUGAUGGAUAUAUAGUUCCAAAUCCCACACACGCUUUUGAGAAUUGUGGUUAAU